AUGAUAGAAAUACCAGUUUUCACUUCCCAGUUUUUUGAAGGGGAGGCCACACAGCUCUGGGGGAGACAAGGAGACCAGAGUGUAGUGGUUGAGCCCAGAAUGGGCAGUGAGGCAAGCCGAAGAAAGACAUUCCAAGACUGGCCUCCUGAGGGCCCUGUCUCUCCCCAGGACCUGGCCAGAGCUGGCUUCUUCUAUGUAGGGCCUCAGGACAGGGUUCAAUGUUUCUGCUGUGGUGGGAUGCUGGACAACUGGAUGGCUGGAGAUAGCCCCAUCCUAGAACACCAGAGGCUUUUCCCCAGGUGCCGGUUUGCCCUCAGCAAGCAUACUGGCAAUAGUCCUGAACAGGACGCUGCUGACAGUGUGGAUGGGCAAAUCUUGAGCCAGUUGCAAAGAAUAUCAGAGGAAGAAGAAGGGGAAGGGAAUGAGGCUAUCCUGACUCCCAGACCUGCCUAUCCAGAAAUGGGUGCAGAACAGAUCCGACUGGCCUCAUUUCACAACUGGCCAUCAGCUGCCAUGGUAUGUCCUCAGGAACUGGCCAGAGCGGGCUUCUUCUAUACAGGCCAGCAUGACCAUGUGAAGUGUUACUACUGUGAUGGGGGCCUGAGGAACUGGGAUCGAGGGGAUGACCCUUGGAGAGAACAUGCCAAGUGGUUCCCUAGAUGUGAAUUUCUGCUUCAAUCCAGAGGCAGGGCCUAUGUCAGCAGCAUCCAGGAGUCCUCCAGCCUGCUAGACUCCUGGGGCCAUGGAGAAGAUCCAGGAGAGGUAAACUCCACUUCUUCUACUCCAGGUAGCCCAGGAAGCCGGGCUUGGCCAGCUUGGCCAGCUUGGCGGCAAUCCACAGUGGUAAAAAGUGUGCUGCAGAUGGGGUUUGAGCAGAGCAUGGUGGAGAGGUUGGUUCUGAGUAAAUACAGGCUGGCAACACCAGCCAGCACGUCAGUGUCUCAGCUGGUCUCUGAUCUAAUCCAAGAGGAAGAGAGGAAUGCAACAGAGACCAGAGCACCUGCUCUGAUGGCACCUGAGCCAAGUACACCCAGAAGAGAAGGCCAACCUGAACAGAUCACAGAGACAGAACCCCUGAGCACUGAGCAGCAGUUGCAGCAGCUAAAGGAGGAGCGGACGUGCAAAGUGUGCAUGUAUCAAGUGGUGUCCAUUGUCUUUGUUCCCUGUGGCCACCUGGUCUGUUCAGAGUGUGCCCCAAACCUGCAGCAGUGCCCCAUCUGCCGAGCCGUCAUUCACGGGAGCGUCAGGACUUUCCUGUCCUAG